AUGAAUAUCUCUCAACCCAUCUCGUCGUCUAUCGAGACAGUCGAGUUCACAUUCCUUACCGACGAAGAAAUCAAGGCGAUCUCCGUCAAGCGUAUCGAGAACGACAGCACCUUCGACAACCUUCUUAACCCUGUUCCCGGCGGUCUCUACGAUCCGGCUCUUGGAUCAUGGGGCGAUGCUCUCUGCGCCACCUGUAACUUGAACCAGUCUUCGUGCCCGGGCCACGCCGGCCAUAUCGAGCUCCCCGUUCCCGUCUAUCACCCAGUCUUUCUCGACCAGGUCCUACGUCUUCUGCGAUCGCAAUGUGUCUAUUGCAAAGGUUUCCGCAUGCGCCACCGCGAAAUCAACCGCUACUCGUGCAAACUCCGACUCCUGCAACAUGGUCUCCUUCACGAGGCUCACCUGGUCGAUGCCAUUGGCGAAGAGCUCAAGGGUCUCGCCCUGCCUGGUGUUCCUACCGACUACGAGAGCGAGGCUGAAGAAGAAGGCACCUCCUCCGUCGACAACAUUGUCGGCGCGAGGGAAGCCUACGUGCGCCAGGCGCUCAAGUCGCAUAAGCUCAGUCUCGGUGAAGUCAGGAAGGGCAAGCAUGAAGGUGCCAUUGAGAUGCGCAGAGAACUGAUCAAGGAUUUCUUGACGCAAAUCACCAAGCCGAGGCGAUGCGACAACUGCGGCGGCAUAUCUCCCGCCUACCGCAAGGAUCGCUUCGUCAAGAUCUUUGAAAAGGCCCUCAGCGAGAGGGAUCUUGCUCAGAUGGCCCAGAGAAACCUGCACGUCAAGGACUCCAUGGCGACAGCAGCUCGCGCCCGCAAGUCCAAGUCUAAGCGCGGCGCCGCCGAUGCCGACGAGGGCGUUGCCGACGUUGACAUGACUUCAGCGGAGGAAAACGACGUCGAAAUGCGCGAUGUCAGUGGCGACGAGCUGGACCUGGCGGAUAAGGAAGACGAAUCGCGAGCCGAUGCUGUCGCUGUCGCUCCCGGUCAGCAGCGCUACAUCAGCGCAAUGGAGGUUCGCGCACGUCUGCGGGAGCUAUUCGAGAAAGAGCAAGACAUCAUGUCGCUGGUGUACAACUCGAGACCAAUGACCAAGAAGGCCGCUAAGGUAUCAGCGGACAUGUUCUUUAUCCGAACCAUUCUCGUCCCGCCCAACAAGUAUCGGCCCGAAGCCCGAACCGGCGAUUCCCAGAUCUCCGAAGCCCAGCAGAACUCUCUGUACAAGAUGAUCAUGCGAAACUGCGGCAACAUUGCCAGGAUACAUCAGAGCGUCGGGUCUACGGACCAGUACGGAAGGCCGAGAGACAUCACCGAUCUGCACCAAGUAUGGACAGAGUUGCAAGAGUCUGUCAACUCGCUGAUCGACAAGAGCAAGAACCCUGUUCAAGGCGCAGCUGCGAAGAGAAACGAGGACGGCAUCAAGCAGAAGCUGGAAAAGAAGGAGGGUCUCUUCCGAAAGAAUAUGAUGGGAAAGCGAGUCAACUUUGCAGCCCGAAGUGUCAUUUCGCCCGACCCCAACAUCGAAACCAACGAGAUUGGUGUGCCCCCCGUUUUCGCGCGCAAACUCACCUAUCCCGAACCGGUGACGAGUCACAACUUCAGAGACAUGCAGCAAGCCGUCAUCAACGGUGUCGACAAGUGGCCGGGAGCGGCUGCCAUUGAGUACGAGAAUGGUCAAAUCGUCAACCUUCGAUCCAAAUCUGUGGACGACCGUGUGUCCCUCGCCAACCAACUUCUCGCGCCAACCAACAACCAGGUGAGCGGCAUGAAGAGCAAAAAGGUGUACCGGCACCUGACAAACGGCGAUGUCGUCUUGAUGAACCGUCAGCCAACGCUACACAAGCCGUCCAUCAUGGGCCAUCGGGUCCGUGUGCUGCCCGGGGAGAAGACCAUUCGCAUGCACUAUGCCAACUGUAACACGUACAACGCCGAUUUUGACGGAGAUGAGAUGAACAUGCAUUUCCCACAAAACGAAGUCGCCAGAGCAGAGGCUCUUCAGAUUGCUGAUACGGACCAUCAAUACCUGUCGGGCACGGCCGGCAAGCCCCUUCGUGGUUUGAUUCAGGACCAUCUUUCGGUCUCCGUUGCCCUCUGUAACAAGGAUACCUUCUUUGACCGCGACUCCUAUCAACAGCUUAUCUACUCGGCUCUCCGCCCGGAGAGUGGCCACAUUCUCGGAGAGAGGAUCGAACUUCUUCCCCCGGCAGUAAUCAAGCCCAGACCCAGAUGGACAGGAAAGCAGGUCGUCAGCACAAUCCUCAAGAACAUCAAGCCACCCAACGGAGAAGGCCUUUGGAUGACUGGAAAGUGUCAAGUCAAGGCUGAACAAUGGGGCAAGAGUCAUGCAGAAGAAGGCAGCGUUCUUUUCCAGGACGGGCAGUUCCUGACGGGUAUUCUUGACAAAGCUCACCUGGGCCCCAGCUCGGGAGGUCUCAUCCACUCCAUCCAUGAAAUUUAUGGCCCCGCCGUCGCGGGCAAGCUGCUCAGUGGCAUGGGUCGACUCCUCACCAGAUACCUGAACAUGCGGGCCUUUACUUGCGGCAUGGACGAUCUGCGACUCACAUCAGAGGGCGAGCACGCUCGACGGGAGGCCUUGAAGGCGGCCAAGAACAUCGGUCUUGAGGUCGCGACCAAGUACGUCUCACUCGAAGACAAGGCGCCCAACAGCACAGACCCGGAGCUUCUCGUCCGCCUGGAGGAGGUCAUGCGAGACGAUACCAAGCAGGAGGGUCUCGAUAUGCUCAUGAACCAGAGCUCUGGCAAGGUUUCAAGUGCGGUUACGGCAGCUUGCCUGCCUGUCGGUUUGGUCAAGCAGUUCCCCAAGAACCAGAUGCAGUCGAUGACAACUUCUGGUGCCAAGGGUAGUCAAGUCAACGCAAACCUCAUCUCUUGCAACCUGGGACAACAAGUUCUUGAGGGCAGGAGAGUUCCUCUCAUGGUUAGCGGAAAGUCUCUGCCAUGCUUCAAGCCCUUCGAGACGGAUGUGCGUGCCGGUGGUUACAUUGUUCAACGUUUCUUAACUGGAAUCCGACCCCAAGAAUAUUAUUUCCAUCACAUGGCUGGUCGUGAGGGCCUGAUCGAUACUGCUGUCAAGACUUCUCGCUCGGGUUAUUUGCAGAGAUGUAUCAUCAAGGGUAUGGAGGGACUGACGGUGACCUACGACUCGACGGUGCGAGAUGCGGAUGGUACCCUUGUGCAGUUCCUUUACGGCGAAGACGGUCUCGACCCGACCAAGCAGAAAUACCUCACCGACUUCAGCUUCGUUCUCCGCAAUGUUGGGUCAGAGUCGGCCCAGCUCAAUUUCAGCAACGGCUUCAAGGAGAAGCUUGCCGGCAGCAAGGACGAAAUCCUCAAGCACAUGAAGAGCGCCAUCAAGCACGCCAAGCUUAACAGUGCUGCCGCCAAGGAUCCCAUCAUUUCCAUGGUCAACCCGGCAAGAGUGGCAUUUGCCACAUCGGAGAAGUUCUACGAGCAAAUGACCAAGUACAUCAAGGACAACAAGGACGGCCUCAUUCGCGACAAGUCGGCUGCCCCGUCUGGUUUGAUCAACGCCCCCGCCGUCAGCAAGAAGUCGGCAGAGCUUGUGUUCGCUGCCAAGUACAUGCGAUCGCUGGUCGAGGCGGGUGAAGGUGUCGGUAUUCUUGCUGGCCAGGGUGUGGGAGAGCCCUCGACACAGAUGACACUCAACACCUUCCAUUUGGCGGGUCACUCGGCAAAGAACGUCACGCUUGGUAUCCCUCGUCUCCGUGAAAUCCUCAUGACAGCGAGUCGAUCCAUUUCCACCCCGGCCAUGACUCUGCUUCUUCACGAGGAGCUUUCCGCGGCCGAGGGAGAAGUAUUUGCAAAGUCGAUCAGCAUCCUGCCCCUGGCUGAUGUGCUCGACACAGCGACCGUCAACGAGCGCAUCGGCAAGGGCAACAACGGUGCUCUGGCCAAGCUCUACGACGUGCGGCUCAAUUUCUUCCCCGCCAAGGAGUACACCAAGGCCUACGCCAUCGACACCACUGAUGUCAUGGACACAGUUGAAAAGCGAUUCCUGGACCACCUCUUGAAGAUCAUGGACGGCUCGGAUGAUGAGGAGGAGGAUGGUGACGGCGAUGCGGACAGCGACGAGGGCGCCUUGAGAGCUGAGCGCGUCAAGGACCGUUAUCUCCGCGUCACCAAGUUCCGCAACGACGAGGCAGGAGAAUGGUGCGAGUUUACGCUCGAGUUCGAGGCCAACACCCCCAAGGUCCUCAUGCUCAACAUUGUGCAAGCGGCCGUCAAGAAGUCGGUCAUCCAGCAGAUACCUGGUGUCGGCUCGUGCACAUUCACGGCGGACCAUAAGAUCACGGACUCUGAGGGCAAGGAUGUGUCCGUGCCGGCGAUCUACACGUCAGGAUGCAACCUCAAGGCCAUGCAGAAGUACGGCGACUUCAUCAACCCCAACAAGAUUGCGACCAACGACAUUGGCGCCGUGCUCGACGUGUAUGGCGUGGAGGCAUGCCGAAACAACAUUGUCUCCGAGUUGGCAGGCGUCUUCAGCGGUCACGGCAUCAGCGUCGACAACCGCCACUUGAACCUCAUUGCCGACUACAUGACGCGCAAUGGCGACUACACGCCCUUCAACCGCAACGGCCUGCGUGGCAACGUAAGCCCCUUCACCAAGAUGAGCUUCGAGACGACGCUGGCCUUCCUGAAAGAUGCCGUUCUCGAUGGCGACUGGGACGAUCUCAGAACACCCAGUGGUCGUAUUGUCAUGGGCCGCCUGGGCAAGAUUGGCACGGGCGCCUUUGACGUCUUGACAGCGCUGCCUACGCACCACAUGUCGUCCAACGUGGAGUAA